CUGCCUCCCGCCCUUACGUCACUUCCGUUGUUACCUGUGUCUUUACCCCGAGCCGUAAACAAGGUGUGCAAGCAUCUGGGGAGCUGUCGCGAUGCAGCUGAGCGGAGCAGCUGGAAGCCGUAGCCGCGCUCUCUUCCCACUGUUGGGCGCUCUAUUCUUCCAGGGUGUUUACAUAGUCCUUCCCUUGGAGAUUAAAACAGAUGCCUAUGUCCGAGGUUAUGUGGGAGAAGAAAUCAAGUUGAAAUGCACCUUCACAUCAACUUCUGAUGUCACUGACAAACUUACCAUAGACUGGACCUAUCGGUCCGCCAGCAGCAGUCGCACAGAAUCCGUAAGUAUAUACUUUUAAGAAAGUUUCUUUGUGGUUCUGUGGAAGCACUUUCCCAUGUCUCUUUUUCUUUCUCUAGGUUUUGGCACCAUGCUGUCCUCUGUGGCCCUUCUUUCCAUUCUGGUCUUCAUUCCCUCAGCUGUGGUGGUGGUUUUCCUACUGGUAAGAAUGGGGAAGAAGUCUGCGGGGCUGAAGAAGAGGAGCAAGUCUGGCUAUAAGAAGUCAUCUAUUGAGGUUUCUGACGACACUGAUCAAGAGGAAGGAGAAAACUGCAUGGGGAGGCUUUGCGUGCGUUGUGCAGAGUGCCUGGAUCCAGACUAUGAAGACACAUAUUAAUGAAAGUCUGUGUGUUAUAAGAAGAGUCACCCAUCUAAUAACAGAAAACAACCCAUUCCACUGGCAGCUAAAGCCUCUCGGAUAAGUGGAGCUGGCCUGAGCCAGCAGUUAUGGAGGAUUCUGGAGAUCAUCAGUAAAGACUUUAGGAACCAUUUAUUUAUUGAAGAGAUGUUCUUUUUGUAUUCAUAAACUGUUCAAAAACUCUCAGAAGAGACUCCUAACUACCCCUUUUAAUAAGUUAUACUUUAAUUGAAUGAAGGAAUUCUUUUCCCAAACAGAAAGAUAAUUUUGUUUUGCCUUUGCUCUUGAAUGUAUUACAUGUUGUCUUCCAAUUAUUUGAGGGAAAAUCCUAAAUGUUUUCCACUGCUGGUGCCAAAAUAAUUUUUUUUUUUUUAAUGAAAUGGAGCCUGUGGCUUCCUGAUGUGCUCCCAGACCGAAUGUUUGCUUGGGAGAAGUAUCCGUUGUUUUUUGCUCCAUGAACAUUUUCAGCCAUGAGUUAGCAUACAGUGUAUACUCAUCCAUUUAAUGAUCCUAUCACCAUUUGUCUUUGGGUGAUUUGGAUUGUAUAGCCCUAAUUUCCUUAGAGUUGGUAGGAUCAGGAGGCAAUGGUUUGCUUUGACUGGAUUUUAAAGUGUUAAAUAAAGUGUCAUCAAUUUAGAAUCAAGGAAAAAAGUGGUGGGGUAGAGGAAUUCCUUUCUUUUGUCUUGCUAUGUGCCAUAUGGGCCAAGAGGCCAUUGUUAUUUUACUUACAACUGACUGCUUUACAGGUUUCUUCUUAACUUUUUAGGUCAGAGGCAAAAAAACUCUUCAAAAGGUUUUUAGUGGGGACUUAAAGAUUGUCUUAACAGUUAUUUGCAAUUAAACCAUCUUUUAAUCUGUAUUAUUUUUCAAAACUCCUUUAAUAUCUAAAGUGCACCAAAUAUGAGUGUACUGUGGUGUUUACAAGCUGUUGUUUGUAUAGCAUUAAACAUGAGGAAGUGAGGUUGUGCAUAACCUGUAUUUGUUCCUUUUGUUUUCUCAGUACUUUAUAACAGCUUCCUCCAUUCUCCGAUAGCAACUUAUUGUAAGUUUUAAUUUGUAUGGGAUUUUCUAGAAGUCAUUAAGAAAUAUGUAUGACCUGUCUGGAAGGAUUGGCAGUGUAUAUUUAAGUAGUCCUCUGUGAUAUAGUGAUGAAAGUCCUCUGUGAUAGAAGGGUUCAGUUCUCAAUUAUGAGAGACAGAAAUGAUCCCCUCCCCCCAUUUUUGUUUUUUCUAAAGAAUGGCCCCUUUUCAAUUGUUCUCCACUAAGUAGCUCUGGAUGUUUCCAUAUUAAAGCAUUAUGUACUGUGUAUGUUAUCAAAAAAUCACCUUUCUUUUGUAUUUUUUGCCAAGAUCUAUUUUUUUAAAAUCUAGGUUUGUUAGCUCUCUCUCAGAUUUGGCUUAGCCUCUUUUGUUAAUUUAGUCCACAGAUGAGAGAAUCUGGUUAGUUACUAGACAUUAGUAUUUACUUCUGGUCAUGGAAGGAAGUCAGAAGAGGCAAAGACAGGGUUGGCAUCAGCAAUUUGUGUUUCCAGUGGUUAAACCUCAUGGUUCUUUGGACCACUUGUGGUUGUCUAGGGCCAAUCUGGUGAGACCAUUUCUAACACCUCAACAGAGAGAGGAAAAUAAUUUGAGCAAUGAGAACAAAAAAUUAGAGCUUCAGAGUUUUGAAGAUAGAGAUCUAAUUGUGAGGGGCCUUUCUGAGGGUCCUCUUUUCUCUGAGAAAGAGAUGAUGUUACAGGAAUGCAGUUAAAACCACAUCUCAUCAAAUGAGUAACCAGUUUUGGCUGGGUCUUCUUGUCAUGUCUUUACAGGCAUGUUGUAGGGAUUUUAAUCCAGGAUGGUAUAUUUGUCAUUUUAGGUAAAUGGUGCUGUGUGAAUACUCAGUUGUGUUAUUUUACAUCUGUAAUCUUGAUUUGGACCGGUCUCUUCCUUUUUAAAGGACUGAACAAUAGAGUCCUUCAUGGCAAGGGAGUCAGCUGAUAAUUUAGUCUGCUUCAUGGGCCUAUGGUCACAUCCCAGUCAUAAGGCUGCUAUCAGUUUCCUUCUCCAUCCCUUAUAUCCUUGUAUUGACGUCUGAAUGACAGCUUUUUUCUUCAAGGGAGCACAAAGCAGUGCUUGGAUACCUGCUUUCUUUAAGGAUGGAAGGAAGAUAAAGUUUAGUUUUUUGUUUGUUUGUUUUUUAACCUACUGUUUUAAUAUCUUCUAAGGUGCUAUUCUCUCUCUCUCUCCCUCUCUUUUUUUUUUUUUGCUGCUUCAUGAGUUCUUGUCAAACCAUAAUGAGACCAGCCUUAUCUAGAAAGGGAUUUAAUUCUGAAACCUUCAUAAGGGUUAAAAGUCUUUCAGAGUUUUUCCUUGGCUGCUGAAGUCUUUCCUUGUGAUUACACCACCGUGUGAGUUUUGUGUAUUAAGCUCUUAAGUGUGUUACAAAAUGUGAGCUUAUAAAGUGCUUUCUGUUUGCCAUGUGACCUGUUACUUCAGGCUACUUGGAGGGCAUCUUAGUUCUCUGCAGUCCCCAAACUGGGCACUGGUGCUUCAAGAGGGAAGGUUGCAUAUCCCUGUUCUUUUUUUUUAAGUCUGGAGGCUACAUCCUGAAUCUGAAUGUUCUACUGCGUCACUCAGUCAUGCUUCUAAAGGUGAGCUGCAAGAAGACCCCUAAGGAGUGGACCAGGACUGUCAUUUGAUUUCACAGCUCAGAGCUUUGCUGCAGAAGAGGCAGCUCCAUCGUCUGACUCCAGUGUUGGAUUGUUACUGCUGCAUCUCAGCGAGUUUUCUAUUUUUGUCUUUUCGUAGGAGGGUAUGCACUGUUGGACAUGUACAUGGACAUUGUAACUCUUGGUAUCUUACUGUGUCAUAGUUAAUAAACUUCUUUGCACUUUCCAGCUGCAUUUUGGCCUAUAUCUACAUAUAAGAGGAAAGUUGUCGUGUGAAAGAGGGGGGCUUGUAUUUUUCAGCAUCAAGCAAUGAGUCAUCUCUGAGUUGCUCUUAAGCAAAAACCUGCAUAAAUUCAGUGAUGUGCUGGAGCCAGCUCACACUGCCCACAAGAGCUGACUGCUAAAUUUUUAGGAGUUUUAUGAGCUUGUUGUAAAACUAUUGAUAGCUCAAGAUUGGUCAUGGUGGGAAUUUUUUUACUACAGAAAUAACUGGUUGACCAGCAUACCGCUUUCUAAGGGCCAUCCAACAUAGACCUUGAGAAGAGCAAGCAUUCAAUAGCUUUUCAAAUGGUACAGGACAAGUUCCAUAAAAUGAGAAUGCACAGAUCUUUAGGUAUAGAAGUCCUAAUACCUAGGAUAAGGUUGAAGGCACAUACAUCAAGAACACUUAUUUUGAAGUGGUAACUUAAGACCAAGAGAUACCUUGCUUGGAGUGAAGAAGCCUUGAGUUCUUAUCUAGGAUGCCCAAGUCAUCCAAGGGGCUCCCUGGGGGAAUGAAUUACUGCCUAUAUUCUGGAAAUGCUGGUAUCACACUCAGGAAAUCUACAUGUCUGGGUGGUAAGUUGGAAGACUAGGCAGGCUUAUCUUUGGAAGCAGGUAUUGAGUGAUUGCCUGGCUAUAUUGCAACUCUAUGUUGAGAGAAAAAACAAGGGAGACUAUUGUAUCUUGAACACAGAGCAAAAUAUUUGUGUUAAUCUUAAAUUUGUUGUAUGAGGCGGAUCUCCUCAGCAGGUGUCUGCCUGAUGCCAUUCAGUAUCCUACCCUCAGAGAGUUUGUAAUCUAGAAAGGGAGAUGUCACCUACAGAGAUCUGUAAUGUGGGGCUCACCUCAGAAGGCAGAUUUAUUACCUCUUUUUAGAAGGAAAAUACAAAUAUAUAUUGGGUAAUAGGCCAGAAGAUGAAAUGAGAACCUCCGUUUUGAGGUUCCUGUUUCUCUCUGCAGCCACC